CUCCCCUCCGCCUCCCCGAUGAGCUGGACCAGGGGCCCCACCGUCGGCCGCGGCUCCUCCGCCGCCGUCUCCGUCGCGGCGGCCCCUGGCUCCGGCGACGUCUUCGCCGUCAAGUCGGCCGAGGCCUCCCGCUCCGAGUCCCUCCGGCGGGAGCGGGCGAUCCUCGCCGAGCUGGACUGCCCCCACGUCGUGACGUACCGGGGCUGGGACGUCACCCGCGAGGCGGGCGGGCGGCGGGUGUGCAACCUGCUCAUGGAGUACGCCCCGCGCGGCACGCUGGCCGACGCCGCCGCCGCCGCCGGGGUGCGCGGCGGCCGCCUCGGGGAGCCGGCGGUCCGGUGGUGCGCGCGGGGGAUCCUCCGCGGGCUCGAGUACGUCCACGGCAGGGGGGUCGCGCAUUGCGACAUCAAGGGGCAGAACAUCUUGAUCACCGGCGAGGGGCCCAAGAUCGCCGACUUCGGCCUGGCUCGCCGGGUCGGCGGCGACUGGGCGGCGGAGGGACCGGUCGGCGGGACGCCGCUCUUCAUGGCGCCGGAAGUGGCGCGCGGAGAACGGCCGGGGUUCGCGGCCGACGUGUGGUCCCUCGGGUGCACGGUCAUCGAAAUCGCCACCGGGCGGCCGCCGUGGGCGGACGUCUCCGACCCCAUAUCCGCGAUCCACCGAAUUGGGUUCUCCGGCGAGUCGCCGGAGAUACCGAGCUUCCUGUCCGAGCAAUGCAGGGACUUUCUGAGCAAGUGCCUGAGGAGAGACCCGUCGGAGCGGUGGUCGGCCGGCGAGCUCCUCCGCCACCCUUUUCUCGAAGAAGUAGGAGAAGAAGCUCCCGAAUUCCUCUCGGAGGAAGCCCAGACCAAAAUCCCAGACACCGAAUCUCCGACCAGCGUGCUGGAGCAAGCGGCGAUCUGGUCAUCCCUCGAAAAUUCAGAGCCCUGUCAUCCCCUGCUUCAGAGGAGUCCUCCGAAUCGCCCUCCAGGCGAGAGAAUUCAGCAGUUGGUCGGCGAAUGGAGCGCGAAUUCGAUUCCUCCUCCUCAAAUGCCGAAUUGGGAGCAGGACGAGAGUUGGGUCACGGUCAGGAGCAGCGAAGAGAACAGAGAAGCACCGGAAACCAGUCCCAGAGCAAAUGCAAAACGCAAACGAAGAAGAAGAAGUUCAAGAAGAAGAUCAAGAAGAUCAAGAAGGGUUGGUGGUGGGUUCUUGUAGGUAUGGACAUCCUGAGAGUAGCUCUGAUCGGGAGCGAGAGGGAGACGACGAUUCGACUCUCUGGGGAUGUAAUGUUCUUGGUUCAUGUGGAAUUGUCAAAUUUGUGAAAAUUGAGUUAGAAAAUUUCCAGAUUUUUCCCCUUG